GCACAGUGAAGCACUCUGGUUCAGCGCUUCUCAAGGGGAGGAAUCAUAGCCAACUACAACUCAACAAUACAACCUAACCCCCCUUUUCUCUUUCUUCAUCUACGGACUAAAGCUGCACAUUAACUUUUAAAGCAUCUUUUCUACAACCAAAACCAGUCGUGGCAGAAACUACCGCUCGUCGCAUACAAGGAACCGACUCGGUCCUCUAUGAAAGAGGGAGUGCGGCAGCAAACUUGGAGCAAAGAGAUGUCUGCGACGGUUUUGUCCGCUUUCUACGACAUGGACAUGCUUUACAAGGUAGAAACCGUACUGUAUAUGUUGAUUUGAUGUUUGCAGGAGGACUAUCGCUUCGACUUCUGUGCAUUUUAAGUUCACAUGCAACAAGUUGCUGCGCUGCAGGAAGUUUUCUUGAACGCACCAUGUGUUUCAUAAAGCCAGACAAUCUGUGCUAACUUGUGUCUCUUUUUCUCCCCCAGCAGGAUAAAAGCAUGAACAUGAACGCGCUCCACAUCAACAGCAUGUUGGAUAAGAAAGCUGUGGGGGCUCCGGUCACCACUCAAGGCUCCGGCGGCGCCUUCACGCCAGGAUUUUUCCGCAGAAACUCAACCAGCAACGUGGAGGCGAUGAACAACGGUAACAAGUACUCAGUGGGCUCCUACGGAAGCCUGAAGGAGAACACACCGAGCAGCACCAGCAGUGCCACGGCCUUAAUGAACAAGGAGAACAAGUUCCGCGACCGCGCUUACAGCGAGAGCGGGGAGCGGGGCGUGCUGCAGCAGAAGCCCGGCUCUCAGAUCAACUCCACCCGCUACAAGACCGAGCUGUGCCGGCCCUUCGAGGAGAACGGCUCCUGCAAGUACGGGGAGAAAUGUCAGUUUGCUCACGGCUACCACGAGCUCAGGAGCUUGUCCCGCCACCCCAAGUACAAAACAGAGCCCUGCCGCACCUUCCACACCAUCGGCUUCUGCCCGUACGGCCCCCGCUGUCACUUUAUCCACAACGCCGACGAGCGCCGGCCCGCUCCAGCAGCCAACGCCAACGUGCAGGAGCCCCGGUCAGCCCGCGAGCUGUGCGGCUACAGGGACGUCAUGCCCCCACAGCAGCUCGGCUUUUCACAGCGAGACAGACCAAAGCUCCACCACAGCCUCAGCUUCUCGGGCUUCUCCACCCACCACGGGCUCGAGUCUCCCCUGCUAGACAGCCCCACGUCCCGGACCCCUCCUCCGCCCACCACCGCCUCCUCCUGCACCUCCGCCUCCAGCUUCUACGAGGAGGUGCUCUCUCCCAACUCCGUGUCCUGCAUCAACAGUGCCUUCUCCUUCCCCGGACAGGACCUUAAAGCCUUACUGGCUCCCUUGGCGGUGCACACCCCCGGCUAUGCCAACAACCACUCCACCGGAGCCUACUACGGGAACGUGCCGGGCAGCGCGUGCCCGCCCUCCCCUCCCGCCUACAACAUGAGCCACCUGCAGGCGCUGCGCCGCCUCAGCGAGUCUCCGGUGUUCGAGCCUCCUCCCAGCCCGCCAGACUCGCUCUCUGACCGGGAGAGCUAUGCGAGCGGGUCCCUCAGCUCUUCCGGGAGCCUCAGCGGCUCCGAGUCCCCGAGUCUGGACGCUGGAAGACGGCUGCCUAUCUUCAGCAGGCUGUCGAUUUCUGAUGACUGAAUCAGUGUGUUUUCACUCGGAUUUAUAGACGGUCCGGCAGGGUGGUAUGGGACCCGAAUCCCCCCUCGGGCCCUCCGCCUUCUUUUAAGCAGAAGCCACCCUGCCGAAGUGCCUUUUGAGCAAGACAUUGAGUCCCUGGCAGCUCCGGGGGUGCUGACCCUGCUCUGACCUCCCUGGAGGGGGGCACGAAGAGAGAAACAGGGAUCAAUUAAGCUUCAACAGUUAAAGUGUCCUUGACCUGGCAUUAGUUCAGUAUCUGUCUUUCUUUUUCUGUGUAUUAUAUCUGUAUUAAAGUUAGAUAGCAAACAGAAGGCAUUCCAUCAGUGCCUUGCCCCAGGGCUCGCGGCAGCCCCCACCCCCCUGGUCCACACUGUUCCUGGGAUUAAACGUGUGGCCGACAUGACUUGACAAGAAAAAGAGACUGUAAGCGGUUUUCAGAUUUCCUCCAUCCUGCCAAGAAAAUGCCUUGAUGACUCAAAGUAACAUUUUUCUUUUAUCAGUGUUUUUUUUUUUUUUUUUUUCCUUCUUCCAUUCCAAACUUUUUCCUCCUCCAGCGCCACCCAGUGGUCGGUUCGGUUAGUGUAGUUUGUUGCUUGGUUAAAGCACUCUUGAGUUGGGUUUGUUUGGGGAAAUCACUGCUGAUGGUUGAAUAUCUAUUUUUUUAGCUGUUUUGAGUGAUUGACAUAGCUGUGCAUAACUGGCUAUGGACUAUUUAACUUAUUUAUUAUCUUGUGAAAAAAGUAUAGGCUACAUUGGUAAUUUUUGUGUCCAUACUGUAUUUAUCAAGUAUGAUGAAGCAAUAGAUCUAUAUUCUUUUAUGUUUAAAUUAUGAUCGCCAUUAUUAAUCUGCAUAAAGUGGAGUGUAUGUUCUUUUCACAGUAAUAUAUAUAUUUUGUUUUUUUUCUCCUUUUUUGUAACUUCACUUGGUUAUUUUUAUUGUAAAUGAGUAAAAAAAAUCUUAAUUUAAGAGAACGUAUGUGAUAUUUAUUUCAUUAAUUUUGUUUCCUUGUUUACGUUUAUUAAAAGAAAAGUUUGCGUGAUUGCUGUUGCUCGUGUGUCAGUGCUUAGAAGGCUUUUUUUUUCCUUGAGGAUCCCUAUUUAGCUGUUUUUUUUUUUUUUUUUUUUUGGUAGAAUGUAUAAACAAUGUGGUUGUACAGACCGUCCAAACUUUACUUCUUUUGUUUAGAUCAGACGUCAGUGACAAAGAACCCAAGUCAAUAAAUUAACCAAAAAGUAUUUUUGUUUUCUGUGUUUGCACGAGGUCACACUGUGAUUCCAGCCACGUGCUAAAGAAUGUAGCAUCCUUGUGCCCCAGUAUUAUUGUGUAGUGCCUAUGGGGUUCACCAUCUUGACAUGCCUUAAAAUUAACCAAAUAAAGUAUUUUUCCUACAUGGCAUCUUUUAUACACACGUUGAACUGAAUGUAGAGUUGAAUCUAUUUUUAAAGGUUGUUACCACUCAGACACCCUGACAGAAACAGCCGUAACCUUUCUAAACCCCCAUUCCUCUUAUUUUCAUUUCCUUUUUGCUGUUUUUCUUUCUUUUUUUUUCAUAUUGAGAUGUAGUGUGAGCGUUAGCUGAGAGGGAAGUGGAUGAACACGUUUGGUUUGUACAUAGUAGGUACAGGGGGAAGCGCACUAUGUACUUUUGACUACUUUAUCAGAAGUAAAGCUUUUUGAAUGUAACAAAAAAACGGACAAAAAGACAACGAGAGUUGUGAUAUUUUUGGGGGAGUCAGUUCACUACAAAUCCAGUGUGAGACUGUUAACUUUGUACUGUACAUUUUUGUAGUUCUCCCAAUAAAAAUCAUUUUGAAAAAGCUU